AUGACAUUCAAAGGCAUGUUAAAGAUUUUAAUCAAUGAUUAUCGAAAACAACAUGAAGAAAAGAUGUUUUCAAUUGUUCAAGAACUGAUGAAAACACGACGAGAAUUACGAGAAGUCAAAGAGCAACUUCGUACUUUACAAUUGAAUGACACAAAAACAUCAUCUAAUCAUAGCAAUAUUCCAGAAGAGACUAUCAGUUUAUUUGUUCAAUAUAAUGGAUUUUUCAAUCAACUACGUGACAUUCGUCAAACAAUGACUGUUAAAGAACUAUUGGCCAAAGUUCGACAAUUAACUGGAAUUCCAUGUGAUCGUUCAAUACGUAUUCGUGUACUUAGUGAAGAUGGUUUAACAACAGUGUUUCUUCUUUCUAAAGAACUUAAUCGAACAAUAGAAUCAUAUAAUGAUUUUUUAAAAGCUCGAAUGAUUUUAAGUAUUGAAGAUGAUGAUCUUGAUAAUGAUGAAAAAAAACAUUUCGAACAAUCUACAAGUACAACUAAUAGUGAACAAACUUAUUCAUUUGAUGAAUCUGAUGUUUAA